AGGAGGAGGAAGAGGAAGAGGAGGAGAAAGAGUUGGCCUAGAAACGGUGGGUUCUUCGAUCUCCGGAUCAGAGUUGGUUUUCAGGCUUGUUCCCCCUCGUUCCUUCACGCUUGUCCAGCUGAAGGCCCCCCUCGUUUGACCGAGCGUCGUCGACGACGAUGGUAAUGGUAAAUGGCCCGUGGAGAGGCACUCCGGUCCGUACUCCGUGGCUGCACUGGAAACGGGAGCACGCCACGUGAAAGUAGGAAGGGGAGGCUAUAGCCGGACCGACGUCGCUUCGUGCGCCUCAGUCGUUCGUGGACCUCGAAGGACGAAAGAGGUCGAAGAGGGCACGUUUCCUCCUCUCUCCUUCCUCCUCACGGCGCUCGUCACCAUCUCUCCUCUCUCCUUCUCCGAGAACAUCUAUUCCGCGCGCGCCUUCGGCCUUAUCCUCCUUAACGACCCGGUGCCGGUGGCGAGACCACGAACGUCCACGCAAUAAGAUAAUCGCACGCAGACGUCCGCCUACUGCGCUCCGAGAAAGUUGUCUCUUCGUAAAACGCUGUCCCGCUGGUUUCACGAUCGUGGCCAAGAAGAAGCUAUUACAUCCGAACGGAUCUCCGUCGACGUUUACCAAGGAUGCACCGUCACGUCUCCCUCGUCAUCGGGAUCGUCCUGCUGUGUUGCCUUCAAGAGUUCGUAACCGGCGCGUGUCCCCGAAUAUGCCCGCCGAGUGGAGAACCGGUGUGCGGUAGCGACGGAGUGAUCUACGCGUCGCAGUGCGAAAUGCGGAAGAAGAUGUGUGGAAAGGGCGUGACCAUGGCUACGGAGAAGACCGCUUGCCUGAGGUCAUCCGGUAGCAAGUGCGAGCAUCGUUGCCCCGGCGAUCAGGAUCCGGUAUGCGGCACCGACGGUCGCACGUAUCUAAACAAGUGCAUGCUGAGGGUCGAGGUAUGCAGAGUCGGGAUCGAGCUGUCGCACCUGGGCCCCUGCAACAACAUAUCGGCGCACAGAGAGAAUUGUCCGGUGUCUUGCGAAUUCGCUCCGUUAGACGGACCUAUCUGCGGAAGCGACGGGAACGUUUACAAGUCCACGUGCCAAAUGAAACUGCUCACCUGCGGACAAGGCGUAGUACGUACGAACAAAAAACACUGCCAGACCACCAGACACUGUCGCGAAUCUUGCUGGCGCGGUGCCAAGCCAGCCUGCGGCAGCGACGGAAUCCUCUACUCGAAUACCUGCAAAAUGCGUGCGAAGAACUGCGGCAAGCACGUGUUCGAGGUGCCGAUGUCGUUUUGCGUGUCGCGGGAGCGCACCUCCGGCAGCCAAUCGAACGCCUGCCCCUUGGACUGCAAGAACGAGCCGGACGGACUGAUGUGCGGAUCGGAUGGGAAUAUAUACAGAAACGACUGCGAGAUGCAGAUGCUUAAUUGCGGACAGGCGAGGCGAAAGGUGACGAAAGUGGACUUCGAGAAGUGUCAACCGCGACUGACCAAAUGCAUGAAACAACAGCAAAGAUGCGGGAACGACGUAGACCCAGUUUGCGGCAGCGACGCGACCUCGUAUCCGAACUCCUGUCAUCUGAACGUGGCCGCCUGCCUAAAGGGCAUUCAAUUGGCUCACGUCGGCGAGUGCACGACCUUGAAGGAGACCGAACACUGCCCCGAAGACUGCAGCGAGGUGCCCGAGGAACCAGUUUGUGGAAGCGACGGGAACGUUUACCGGUCCCUUUGUCAUCUGCGCCGCGAGACAUGCGGUCAGAGGGUGGUUCAAGUUCCAGCACAGCACUGUCGUACCACCGCGCUUUGCAACCAGAUCUGCAGCGGGGAACGCCAGUUUGUUUGCGGUUCCGACAACAAGCUCUAUCGCAACGAGUGCGAGAUGAAGAGGGACAAUUGCGGGAAACACGUAUACGUGGUGCCGAUGAAGAGAUGCGUUCAGGGCUUCUUAUUCCGGGGUUGCCAAAAGAUUUGCCCGCCCUACUACGAUCCUGUUUGCGGCACGGACGGCAUGACCUACAGCAACGAAUGUUUCUUGGAGAUCGAGAACUGUCGCAGUCGAAGCCUGGUGACGAAAAAUUAUCACGGAGUGUGCGGCCAGCCAACGGAGGAGCCCAAGAAUUACUUGUACUAGAUCGAUCGAUCGAUUUCCAUUUGUACCAAAAUCACUGUCGGAAAAACCACUCUUACGAACGCGUUGACGAUUUCAAAACGACUCGAACCGAAUAUGUGUUAAAAAAGAAGGAAAGCAAAAAAAAAAAAAAGGAUCGAGGAUAAAUUCCUUCGAGUCGUCCUUCCGUUCGUCUUGAAAAGAACUUAUUGUUAGCCUAGCUUGGUGGGCAUGAUGCCCGUUAAUCGGCUGCGAACAAGAUAUCCGGUUGACGCAUACGUUCGUCUCGUUAUAUGUAAAACACAAUUUUCUCUUAAAAAGAAUAAGUUCUUGGCUAUUUUCUCCCGCGAUAUUUCUAUUGUUUUUUUUUUUUUUUUUUUUAUUUUAAAUCGAUUCGUAGCCAAGAAAUUACUCUUUUUACAGUCCAAAUUCUGUCGAAAAUAAAACGUUCCGAACUUAUGCACCAACUAAAUAGUCGUCGUUGUAUUCGUCGCAGACAAUCUCUCGUCGCGACCGUCGUCGAUUCGUUGACGAAUUCUCGUACGGUCCGUCCGCCGGAUUAUCGAUUGAACCAAGACCGUAAUUAACGGAUCCAAGUCAAUUUUCUAUCGAACGUGCUCGACAUUUUUAGCGAUCACGUUCACGGGUGCCCAUGGAGAUUCGAAUCCUAGUUUUUUCGGGCAGCCCAGAUUUCUUUCGGUGUUUUAAAUUUAAACUAACGAGGGAAUCGUAUGUCGAGGAAAUCGUUCGUUUCCGCGUUGUUCCAUCGAUAUUUUCGCUACGUGCUCGUCGAUAAAAUCUUUCUUAUUUAUUGUAGUAUUAUUAUUAUUAUUAAUUAUUCCAUCAUCUUUGCAUCAUUUUGUUUAUCGCUAUUGCUAUGGUAACACGAUAGUUCCAUACGAACCCUUACUCUAACUCUAAGGAAAUAUUUAGCUAUUACAUCUUCCCCUCUGAUAUGUGAUGUGCGUUUAUAUUAUUAUUAUCUCUUGUCAUCGUAUCCUUAAUUUAUUAUCAAACAUGCGACAAUCUACUUUGUAUCGACACUAACAUACAUGCUUCGAAUGUCAAUAAUAAACUGUAUACGUAUAUUUUAA